AUGGCCACAGCUGUUGAUGUGGAUAAAGUUGGUGGUGGCUUGAUGAAUUUGUUCUCAUAUUCAAACCUGGUACAUGCAGUUUCUGGAGCCAGUGGAAGUGUUAUAGCAAUAUCAGUGUUCUAUCCUCUAGACACAGUCAGGACAAGACUUCAAGUUGAUGACCAUAGACGGGCAAAAAAUACAUAUGAAGCCUUGAAGGAGAUUAUACGUGAGGAAGGACUACAGGGUCUCUAUCUAGGCUGGUUUCCUGUUGUCAGUGCUCUUAGCUGUUCCAACUUUAUUUAUUUUUACACCUAUAAUGGCCUCAAGUCAGCAUUACUUGGUGGGCGUAGCAAGGCAUCUCCACUUGUUGAUUUGUCUUUGGCUUUUGUUUCAGGAGUGGUCAAUGUUCUGAUUACAACCCCUCUGUGGGUGGCCAACACACGAUUGAAACUGCAGGGUGCCAAGCUGCACACAGCGCACUACAACAAGAGGGAUGGCCCUAGCAAAGAUUCUGAUCAGAAAUACACAGGAAUUCUCGAUUGCCUAUUAAAGAUAAUCAACCGAGAAGGCAUCCAGAAGUUGUGGGGUGGGACAGUGCCUUCAAUUUUGCUGGCGACUAAUCCAGCUAUUCAGUUUAUGGUCUACGAGGCUCUAAAACGUUACUUCAGAGGCCUGUUCCAUGUACCAGAGCUGAGUGGACUAAUGUAUUUUAUAUUAGGGGCUGUAGCGAAAACAGUUUCUACGGUGAUUACCUACCCCUUACAAGUAAUACAGAGCAGGCUCAGGGCUGGCUAUGCCAAACAUGAAAGUUCACUAACAUUAGUUGAGAACCUGCUACAUUUAAUCAAAACUCGUGGAUUUGGUGCCCUGUACAAAGGCAUGGAGGCUAAACUUCUACAAACAGUACUCACCGCAGCUCUGAUGUUUCUCAUCUAUGAAAAGAUUGCCGCCUUUAUAUUCCAUUUAAUGGGCCUAAAGUAG